AUGGCCGCAAUUAUGAACCCUCCCUUUCAGUCUUGGCCACAAACUCAACCAACUCAUAAUAUGAGUUGGGGAGACCCUCAUUUGCAGUACACUCAACAACCUAUGAUGGCGACUCUAAUGCAGCCAAUUAGACCUCCAUCGAUACAGGCUACUCUCAUGCAAAGGGAGCAGGUGCCACGACCGGGUCAAAGUGGGCCAUGGACGCCAGAGGAAGAUGCCAUCCUUUUGGAAGAACGAAGCCGUGGGUCAGCUUGGGAUGACAUUCAUAAUCGGCACUUCCCGGGAAAAUCAGGAAAUGCCUGUCGCAAGCGACAUGAGAGGUUGUUGACCAAGGCACGUGACACAAACUGGGACGAUACCAGAAUCAACAAUCUCCUGGUUGUCUACAGUCGUCAUCGCGAGAGUGUGUGGAGGCAGGUGGCGGAUGAAGUGGGAGAGAAAUGGGAGGAUGUUGAGCGAGUGGCUGAUUCGUGUGAAUGGCAGAUACUUCAACAACGGCUUCGAAAUCUGCGUGUGGGAGUUCGCCCUGGACAACAUAGAAGAACCAGGUCACGCACGAGCUCCAAUCCAGCCGUGUUUGGCGAGUAUGAACGCCAAUCGUCCCAAGACGAACUCGAGCACACCGACGACAGUGGUAUUGCCCUGGGUCAAGGUGGACAUAGUCGACGCACAAGUGAGCUAGGGACGAACGUGCUUCAACCACACAACACAACUGUCACCACGACCAGUCUUCCCAGCGUCGACCACAUCUUGUCGGAGCCGCUGAAGCUUGAGUAUCUGUCUUCAGAUCAUCACCACGGCCAUGGCUAUCACUCAGACCCUCGAGUCGGAAACGGGUACAGCUAUUCACACUGA